AUGCUCCCUCCGUUCGACUACUUUACAUACCGGCGAGUACGCAACCAAAAGCAAGCUGAGCGUGCUGCUCGCUUUGCCUCGUUGCCGUACCCCUACCAUCUCAACUUCACCGACGCCGAUAAGAAGAUCAUCGACCAGCCUAUUGAAGAGUUGGUCCGUGAUGUCCAGGAGUCAACCACCUCCCCCUUGACUGUCUUGCAAGCCUAUGGCAAGGUUGCAGUCAAGGCUCAGGAACGUACCAACUGCAUCACCGAGCUACUGCUGCCAGAGGCGGAGUCAUGGCUCGAGUCAGAUAUUAACUUGAAGGGUCCUUUGGCGGGUAUACCUGUCUCUCUGAAGGAUUCCGUUCAAGUCAAGGGCUUCGAUACUACCCUGGGCUACACGGCACUGGCCAAUCAGCCAUUCCAGGAAGAUGGCCCGAUGACUAGGUUGUUGAAGGAUGCAGGAGCCGUGCCAUAUGCAAAGACUGCUCUCCCCAUCACUCUUCUCUCAUUUGAGUCUGCCAAUGGACUUUGGGGCCACUGCCGUAACCCUCACGUCCCCGAGUACAGCCCCGGUGGUUCAACCGGAGGCGAAGCAGCCCUUCUUGCCCAAGGUGGCCGUAUCGGUAUCGGCUCUGACGUUGCUGGCUCCGUGCGAGUGCCCGCUGCGUGGAGUGGCAUCUACUCUCUCCGCUGUAGCACUGGUCGUUGGCCCAAGGUGGGCGUGAGCACUAGUAUGCCCGGUCAGGAGGGUAUCCCCAGUGUCUUCAGCCCUAUGGCACGCACCCUCAAUGAUCUUACAUACUUUACCAAGUCCAUCAUUGGCAUGCAGCCUUGGAAGUAUGAUUACACCGUCCACCCCAUCUCAUGGCGCAAGGAUUUGGAAGACGAAGCAAAGAGCAAGUCUCUCCGCAUCGGCCUAAUGAGCACUGAUGGCGUCGUCCCUCCCACGCCGGCCAUCGAACACGCACUCUCCACGACCGUCGCAGCCCUAACCGCCGCCGGCCACACAAUCACCGAAAUCACACCCCCAUCCAACGCAGACCCGUUCACAGGUCUAAACCUCGCCUCCCAACUCCUCAAUUCCGACGGCUGCCACCACUUCAACGCCCCCCUUCGCAGCUUCGAGCCCUCCGACCCAGGCGCCAACCAACUCUCCCGAGUCGCCCACCUGCCCCGUCCCCUCCGCUACCUGUACUACCUCUACGUGCGCUACAUCAAGCGCGACACCGUCUUGGCCACACUAAUCAAAGACUUCGGCCCUAAAUCCUCCGCCGCCCUCUGGCCCCUCGUCGCCCAGCGCGAAUCCUACCGCGCAACAUGGCAUAAAUGGUGGGACGCCGCGCCCCAACAAUUCGAUUUCAUCCUCUGCCCCGCGAACGCGACCCCCGCGCUCCCGCACAAGGCCAUGCACGACGCCGUCUCGUCGUGCGGGUAUACCUUCCUAUGGAAUCUGCUGGAUUAUUCUGCGGGUGUUUUGCCGGUCGGGCACGUUGAUGCCGUUCGGGAUGCGAGCGUUGCCCCGUAUAAGACCGUUCUGAAGCGGUUGGGGUGUGACCAUGCUAUUGCGCGGGGUGCGUGGAAGCAUUAUGAUUCGGUGAAGAUGGCGGGACUCCCGACUGCUGUGCAGGUUGUGGGCAGGAGGUGGCAGGAGGAGCAGGUUUUGGGGUAUAUGGCUGUUGUGGAGAAGGCGUUGGAGGAGUACCGGGAUCCGAAGAGUGGGUUAGGUGGGAAGUAUACUCUUUUGGAGAUUGAUUAG